AUGCCGGACAAGCCGCCACCGCUGCCCGUGGCCGCCGACCGCCUUGCCAUAUCCAACCGCCUGUCCAUGCUGUUCGCGGACCGCUCAGCGCUCAUAAAGAAGCUGGUUCCGCAGUCCUCGACAACCCGCAACCCCAGCCGCCGCGCCCGCCCCCUAGACGACGACGACGUCUUGUUCGGGGCACCCGCGAACCAGGGCGUGGGAUACGUCUCGGAAAAGCCAACCAGGGACACGAAGCGAGAAGACAAGAUGCUGCGGGCCAAAAUGCUAGGCAAGAGAAGGGCCGGCACGUCGGGGGCGAUAUCGAAAGCGCAAGAGAGCGAGAGCGACGACGAGCAAGGGAGGGGGUCGCUGGGGAAGAGGAAGCGCCCGAGGAGGGCGAAGGCGAGGGCGGAUGAGCCUGCCGAGGCGGGGAACGGUACUGGUGAUGGGCAGGACGCGGUCGCCGAGGCUGAGAAUUACGCUGCGACGGAGGCGCGGGAGAGCUCGCCGCAGAUGCAAGAUGCUCGGCCGAAGAAGAAGAAGAAGAAGAGGAAGCGGAAGAACAAAGGGCAAGAAUAA